AUGUCGUGCUCAUCACCUCGCGUCAAGACUGAACCAGAAAUCCAACAACAUGAAGAUGAAUUAUUAAUGUCUUAUUUGAAUGCUGAUUGUGUAUCUACCAACUCGCCUUGGUCAAGUCCUUCCUCCAAAACAACUGAUCUUCAGCCAUGUACACCUCCUGGCUUCAUUGAUGGCUGGUCAUUGACAUCACCUGGUGUUGUUAGUGGCAGUUCAGCGAUGAUGGCUCCUACUCCUACUCCUACUCCCAUAUCCAAUCUGCCACAAUCAGCACAUGAAGUAUACUAUCCUGCUAUAAGCGCGUCAUCAGAUCAAUUCCCUUAUCAUUAUGGUAUGGCAGCAGCAGCAGCAGCACCACUAGCACCUCCACCACCAUCCCAUCCAUCAUCCGUAUUAUCAUUUCUCGAAUCCUUUGGAAGGCAAUUUGGAGGAACAACACCAACGACAACAACAACACCAGCUUCACCUCAUUAUCAUCUACAACAGCCACCUUCACCUGCAUCGACAGCUACCUCCUCCAAUUCUUCUUGUGUUUCUUCUCCAGGUGCUGGUAGUGGUGAGCAACCCAAACGUAAGCGUGGACGCAAAAAGAGAGAUUCUUCAGCUUCGUUGGUCACAAGUACUCCCGUCAUUGCACCAGCACCAGCAAUCCCAUCCACACCCACUACGCCUUCUGCCACAGUGCCAGGCAUAAAAAAGGAGGUGGAUACACAAACAUCUACUACUGUUCGACAGCAUAGCAACAUGGUUGUUAAUACCAAGCAACGCGCUACUACUGUGACAACAUCAUCAUCACCAGAUGACAAGGCGGCGGCAGCAUUGGCCAAACGACAAGAACGAUUAAUCAAGAAUAGGGCAGCCGCUUUAUUAUCGCGUAAAAGAAAACGUGAACAUCUCAACGCGCUUGAGGAGCAAAAUCAGACUUUGAGGGCAGAGAAUGAGGAAUUAAAGUUAAGACUAUCGAUGUUGGAGAAUCAAGGAACAAGUGGGGCAGCUACUACAACAACUACAACACCAGCAGCGGCGGGAGGA